CAAUUUACAAUGGUCGAUAUUGGGGAAGCAGGCAGGCAAAGUGAUGGUGGUGUAUUUUCUAAUAGCAAUCUUGGCUAUUCUAUUCUUAAGAAUCUCCUGCCAGUGCCUAGACCAAGACAGAUAGACAGUUCAAAUGUUUUAUUUCCAUUUGUCUUUCUUGGAGAUGAUGCAUUCCCAUUACGUCAGAACUUGAUGAAGCCUUAUGCAAAUCCUAAUUUGGACAUAAGGAAACUUGUGACCAACUAUCGCAUAUCAAGAGCCAGGCGUAUAAUUGAAAACUCGUUUGGAAUAUUGGCUGCAAGAUUCCGAAUAUUUAGACGUCCAAUUCAUGCAAAAGUUGACACAGUUAUUUCAAUUACCAAAGCUUGUGUUGCUUUGCAUAAUUACCUAAUGAAUGGAAAGACAUAUGCUAACCGAUACCGUCCAUUAGGUUUUGUUGACCAUGAAAUCAAUGGACAUUUCAAAGGAGGGGACUGGCGAGAUAUGGUAGUUGAUACAACUGGUUUGGGUCAAAUAUCAAGAGUUGGUUCGAACAACUAUGCAAAAGAUGCUAAAGAAGCAACUGCAUUUUUAACCAUGCAAUUGAUGACUAGAUGUGGUGCAGUACAAUUCACAAAAAAUUCAACUGUAUCCACCAAGUUGCAAAAUCUUGAACAUCAGAGUUCCUGAACUGCCUA